AUGGAAGGUCAGGCCCAAAUAAAUGCCAACGCUGCGACAUCAGAAGUGGGAUACGCUUUGCCUACAAAUACCACCGAUGCAUACCUGACAGCAUUGCAAGUGCAAAACUACAACCUAAUGGAGAUUAUCAAAAAUAUGCAGACACCAAAGGCAUCAGCAACGGAUGAAAAGGGAAAACUUAUAACUCUCCCAAAGUUUCAUCCUGAGGGAGCUGGUGCAGAUGCCUCAGCUUGGUGCACAACAGUGGAUCUCAUUUUUGCUGAUAAAAUUCCCGAAGGUAGCAGCCUGAUGAUAACAUUAAGUAAGGCGCUAGAGGGAAGCGCAUCACAAUGGCUGUCCCAAAUAUGCUUUGCUGGCAUCACAUGGCCACAAUUUAAGGAACUCUUCGUUCAACGCUUCGUUGGCAUCGAAACGUCUGCUGCCACCCUGAUGAAAAUUUUGAACGGGCGACCAAAGUCUGGAGAAAGUCACACCGAAUAUGGAAGCCGAAUCGUCACCUUACUUAUGUCCAAAUUUAAAUCGAUUGAUCUGGAGGAAAUUGCGGUUUCACUUACGCUGGCUCACAUGGCACAAAUCGAUGACAAAUUGUCGCGCUGGGUUUUUACAAACAAUAUUAAAACUCGAAAUGACAUGCAACAACAACUACAAGCGCACACUUUUCAAAAACGGAACUUUGAUGACGACGCAUCUACAACAGGCCCGGAGCGUAAAAAGUUUAAGUAUCACUCUCAAGUAAAAUGCAACUAUUGUGGAAAGACUGGACAUAAAUAUGCUGAAUGUCGUGCUCGGCAGAAGUCACAAAAUCAAGGAAAAAGUGGCAACGGAAGUUCAACGCAAGGAUCAAAAGACCGUAAGACCAAAUGUUUGCCGAUAAUACCAAGGGGCUUUCGAUGGGCCGUCAUAAAUCACGUCCAUGAAUCCAUUAUGCACCUUGGAUGGGAAAAGACGCUGGACAAAGUCUUUUGUUAUUACUGGUUCGAAAAUAUGCCUAAAUAUGUGCGUAGAUUCGUAGAAAAUUGCAUUACUUGUAAAGUUUCUAAGCCACUAGCGGGAAAAGUGCAGGCUGAGCUGCAUCCAAUCCCUAAAAUAGAAAUACCAUGGCAUACGAUACAUAUUGACAUCACAGGCAAAUUGAGUGGCAAAAAUGAUUUCACCAAGUUUGUUUAUUUUCAUCACACACUAAAUAUAGAUUCUGAUAGCUGCAUUAAGGCUGUAAAGUCAGCCGUGUCCUUGUUUGGUUUACCCACUCGAAUUAUAGCAGAUCAAGGACGUAGUUUCGCAAGUAAAAGCUUUCGCGAUUUUUGCUCCUCUCAAAAAAUUAAUCUACAUUUAAUUGCUACGGGUGCAAGUAGAGCAAACGGUCAGGUAGAACGUGUCAUGAGUACCCUGAAAGGUAUGCUAACGGCUGUAGAGUCUAGUCAGAGAUCAUGGCAGGAUGCGUUGGCUGAAGUGCAGCUAGCAAUGAAUUGCACGAUUAAUCGUGUGACUAAAUGUAGCCCUUUGGAAUUAUUGAUUGGCAAAGAAGCUCGACCUUUUGGCCUGUUGCCGCUAAACGAAGAUAACGAUGAUGAGGUAGACAGAGAAAAUUUGAGAAAGGAGGCUAAAAAGAACAUGAAAACUCAAGCCGAAUACGAUAAAAAUAGGUUUGAUAAAAAUAAGGCUAAGAUAGUACAUUUUAAAGUGGGUGAUCACGUUUUGCUCAAAAACGAAGAACGUCAUCAAGUUAAACUCGAUCCUAAAUUUAAAGGACCAUUUAAGAUAAUUGAAGUAUUGGAUGGAGAUAGAUAUACGCUAAAAUCUUUAACAUGUAAACGAACAUAUAAGUAUUCUCAUGAAUGUUUAAGAGCAAUACCAAACAAUCAGAUACACGAUGAGUUAUGUAAAGACAGGGACAGCUCGAUAGGAGUUGUGUCGGUUGCCCAAAUAGAGGAACUGAAGACCGCACCAUAG